AUGCCAUCACCGCAAGAAGCACGUUCUAACAACGCACCCAGCGGUAGUCACGACAGGCGGAAGCUCGACAACGACGAGCGGCGCGCGAUCUACGAAGCUUUGAUCAACCUCAGUGUCCGCGGAGACCUUCCUCACGGCGCAUACAGGAAGGUCGGACGAAUGUACAACUGCUAUUGGAAGACCGCUGCGCGCAUCUGGCAACGAGGUGUGGCCUCACUUCGUGGCGGUAGCGCGGUCGCCAUUGUCGACUCCAAACUUAAAGGUAAUUUCAACCGAAAACGAACUGCCGAGGAAAUUGAGUAG